AUGGGAGUAGAGAAUGUGGCUGCUAUGUCCCCCAUUGAGCGCAAUAUCCUUCUACUGGCCAAGUCCAGCGCCCGAAAACACCUCCGCCUCAUAAGCACAGAGCCAGACUUCUACCUCUCCAAACUGAAAUAUGCCAUGGAUUUUGUCUGGGCCAAGUGCGCGUUCUGCUUCCUACUCCUUCUAAAGCUCUCUCGGCUUCUCCCGGAACGAAGGGAGGAGCACCAGGAACUGUUAGACCACGGAAACAGACUUCUCAAUGAGCUAACUCGAUCUGUGGGAUCAAGUGGGCAAAUUACCGGCAAUGGAAGCAUCUACAUGCAGAUUCUUAGGCUGAGUAUUGAGAAAUACGGCCGAAUCUUUCAGGAAAGAGAAGCGGGUGGGGAUCCGGUGACUACGGCGCCAUUCUGGGAAUCGUUUGAUGCCCAGGCAGACUUGCAGUCUUUUGUGCCGGAGCAGUUUGUUCGGGAGUGGGACUUUCCUGGGCUGAAUUUGUUUUAUUUUCCUACUGCGUGGCAGGAUUUCUUUGGGGACUUUUCCCUGGCUGUUUGA